AUGGCGUCCAUUCGCCAUCCUGUCACAACGACCAAUCGCUUUGGUCAGCGCGCGCAACCUCGCCCAGCACUAUCGCCAGCGUUCGUGAAUGCUCACCCCGAGCUAUGCCUCGCGCCGCGCGUCGUCACCGUUCCCCUCCCACUGGAGUCCCAGAAGGACUGUCAAUAUCCUACUCGCACGUCCUACCCAACUGCAGACAUGCUGCUACCCGUAGUUCUUGAUGGCGGAAAUGGAGGGACGUCGUACACUCAGUCUGGGGUUGGAGGCCAUGUAACGACUGUCACCCCGCCUUCUCCCGAUUUAAUUGCUGGACACCAUACCCCGACAAAUACUGUGUCGUUAUUUCAGGCAGUGCUAGUGCCCAUUCCUAAGCCGCAUCAAUCGGCUCCUCCGCCAACACCUACUGCGUCCCCUCCUCGUCCCGCAGUUUCUUCGCAGCACAAGCGCUCUUCCGCGGACCACGCGCCACGUCGUACCUUUCCAACUGCAUGA